CGAUCAUCACCAAUCGGACACACAGACAGCAGUGAGAACUAGAGAAUCAGUUUUGAACAUCGCAGCCCCUGUAUUGAAGUGAAAGGAGCCUCCACCUCCGCCGAAUCGCCCCUGCCGCCGAUUGCCGAUUGCCGGCCGUCCUCUCCUCCAUCAGACACAGACACCAGUCAGCGAUUAAGGACUUAAGACCGUGGCUCGUGAUUUGAUCGGAAGACUCGGUUCGGUUCAGUGUUUAAUCGGAAGACAACACUCGUUCAAGCUAAAAUUUUCAAAUUACUUGACACCUGCACCAAUGGCCAUUUCUUCGUUGGCUGCUGUCUCGGUAUCCAAAACCCUAAUGAAAACAUCAACCUCCGUUCCAAGAUUAACAAUGUACAAUCACCUCAACAUAACCCACAACCAUCUUAGAUCAACGGUUCUCAAACUGAAACCCCCUCUGGCUUUCAUCUUCAAAGCAUACACACCAAAAUCACUGACCUGCAACAGCUACCAACGGAACCAGAUAAAAUCCCUCUUCACAGGAAUCGUUGAAGAAAUGGGAGAAGUCAAGCAACUGGGUUACGACGAAUCCGGCCAGUCAUUUGACAUGGUAAUCCAUUCCCCAACCGUCCUGCAAGACGUCAAUCUCGGCGACAGCAUAGCCGUAAACGGGACUUGCUUAACCGUCACAGAGUUCGACAUCCAACGAUUGGAGUUCAAAGUCGGGUUAGCCCCGGAGACUUUAAGAAAAACGUCGUUGAUCGAAUUGGAAAAGGGUUCGGUUGUUAAUUUAGAGAGGGCGGUGAAACCGUCGACUCGAAUGGGCGGGCAUUUUGUGCAGGGGCAUGUGGAUGGAACAGGGGAGAUUGUUUCGAUGGAACCGGAAGGGGAUUCGUUAUGGAUUAAGGUGAAAACGUCGCCGGAGAUUUUGAAGUUUAUAGUGCCGAAAGGUUUUAUUGCGGUGGAUGGGACUAGUUUGACUGUGGUUAAAGUGUUUGAUGAAGAGGAUUGUUUUAAUUUCAUGUUGGUUGAGUAUACACAACAGAAAGUUGUGAUUCCGUUGAAGAAAGUUGGGCAGAAGGUGAAUUUGGAAGUGGAUAUAUUGGGAAAGUAUGUUGAGAGGCUUCUUAGCAGUGGAUUUGUGGACAGUAUCAAAUCAAGAUGAUCGUAUAAUCAUCUUGAUAUCGUUGUGAUUUUGGUUGAUCAAAUUUGAGGAUGUUUUCAAAGGGAGAGGCAUUCUCCGGCUGUCGUGGUGACGGAGGUGGUGGUGGUCGGUAGAAGGAACGGCGGCGAAUAGGGGAAUUGACGACAUGAUCUAGGGCCUUUUUGUUUUUGAGCCAGAGGUUUGACCAGUUUAAGUGUGAGGAGGGAUUGUUAGGGUUUUGAUUCUCAACUGAACAUGAAGACAUUUGGAAUUUGAUGCAAUUCACAUUUGAAUUGAAGAUGAAUUUGGUGGUUGAAAUUUGUGUUGAAGAGUUGAGCUGCUUUUUUGGUUAUUGUUUUGAGUGGUGGGGAUGGUGGCUGUGCGGAGGUGGUGGUUGGAGACGGAGGUGGUUGUGGCUGUGGUGGUGACGUUUUUUGUACUUAAUGACACACUUUCCAAUCUAGUUCUAGUAUCAACAUAAAGGAUGAUUUUUGUAAUUUAUUCUUUAUUAUAAGUUAGAUUUUGAUUUAAACCU